AUUUGCUCAGUGCCGCUGUCCACACUCCACAGCUGAUUCUGACAUUUCUUUAAUUUGUUUUGUUUGUCACCAAAAAUCACAUUUUAUUUUAUUUUAAGUGUUAUUUAAACUAAUAUAAUUCCUAGACUGCAAGUAUGUCGGUACACUGGAAUUCAGAAACGAUGAAAUGGGAAUACCGGGAGUUGCAAGCGACUGCUAUGUCCGUGGACUACACUGGAAACAACGUGUUGUUGGCUGGUCGGCGCUGGCUGGCCAUCAAACAAAUCACGCUCGACGACGAACCAGGGGACAUAUUGAAGAAGUACCCUCGUCAUAGUAAAUACGACGCUGCAGGAGCUGAAUGGUGUCAGACUUACCAAGGCCAGAAACUUUGUGCUAUAUCUAGUAACCAAAGAGUAGAUGUGUACGAGUGGCGAGGCGGGCAAGACCUCACCUGCAUAUGCUCGCUGAAGGGGCACACGCGGGUGGUCAGCGACACACACUUCCACAGACAAGACCACAACAUCAUCGCCACCUGCUCCAUAGACACAUUCACUCACCUGUGGGACUUGAGGGAUGCAAGGAAACCUGUUGUGUCUUUAUGUGCUGUUGCUGGGGCGUCUCAAGUGCAAUGGAACAAGGUGUCCCCUCACAUAGUAGCAACAGCUCAUGAUGGAGAUAUAAAGAUCUGGGACUACAGAAAGAACACAGCCCCCAUACAUUACAUUUCAGCACAUUUGUGUAAAAUACACGGAGUGGACUGGAGUCCACACCACGAGUACCAGCUGGUCACAUCAAGUCAUGAUGGAAGCAUUAAAUAUUUUGACAUUAACAACUCUAGACGACCUGAGAAUACAAUAAUGACUAAUUUCCCUGUUUGGAGAGCCAUUUACACUCCGUUUGGCAGUGGUUUGUUGACAAUAGGUGUAGGGUGCGGUGGGUUGCAUAGGAUGGAGCAGGCUGGGGUGAUUGGUAUCUGGGUGGGGGGCACUCUGACCCACAGGCUGGUGGGCCACACUGACACAGUACAGACCAUGGUGUGGCGGCCCAACACCUCCCCUGCUAACUACCAGCUGAUAACUUGGGCCAGGGACCAGACCCUGCGGCUGUGGACAAUGCACCCUUCACUACUGAAGAUGUGCAACCAUUACCUACCUGAUGAAGGAGAUUCAGAUGAUGAUAAUAAUAGUGAUUCCAUGAGCUAUGCUUCUACAGUGGAAUCUACACAUGAACUACCAUUAGCAGAUAGCCAAGGGCAAGAUAUACAAAUGAAUAAAUUACCAAAUAAAGUGAACACAACCAUUGAUGAAGAAUUUGACUCCAUCAGAGAAAUGGCGAAUAUUGAAGUCACGGACAUGAAUAUUGAAACUAGGACCUGCCAAAUACAUUCUGAACGAAAUGGCUAUGUCGCCAAUCUACAGGUUACAUUCCCUAAAAAUGUUACCGAACAAACUAUACCCAAGUUCUCUUGGAUUUCUGGGACCAAUUUAGAUAGUCAGACCACGAUAAAAAUACUCCAGUCUAUAAAUAAAACUGCCUACCGGAAAAAGAAAGAGGGUCACAGAUGUUUAUUGCACUGCUUGAAGACAUUGGCGACUUCUAUUGACGAGAUACCAGUUAAAUCAAGCGAGGAAUCAGACUCAAUGAAGUCAAGCCAACGCAGCCAAUCAGAGAGCGAGAACGCGGGCGAUGCGUGCAUCCCUUUCCCUCGCACGUGCGGCGCCAAAUGGUGCGGAGUGAGCACGCUAGUCGUGUUCAACCGGCCGGCCAAUGCGCGGAGGUUAUCACUGAAGCAUGAGACAGGGACACCGAGGUCUAUGUCGUCCUUGUCUCUGAUUCCUGGUAUAUUCGGUAGCGGGUAUAGUUCUGUGUCCCCGCACGCGACCACUACGCCGUCGCCAACGAACGCGUCCGGCUUCCCGCAGAUACACCACCGGCACGCGUCCAAUUCGAUCACCACUUUCUACUUUCAAGAUCGAUGGAAGGCGCAAGGCCGUCGCGCGGGCAGCAUGCGCAGUCGCAACAGCAUCUCGGGCGGCGGCGCGCCCCGCGUCGUGCUGUACGCGGGCGACGCGCUGUUCCCGCUGAGCCGCGCGCUCGCCGUCAACUAUAGGAUCAACCCUGAUCGGCCUGUUGAAAUGUGCGAGCACAACGCCAAAGUAGCCCUCGAAGACGGGUCAAGCGGCAUCGCCCUCUCCUGGCAGCUGGCGGCGCUGGCGGCGCGGACGCGAGGCACGGAGCUGGUGCAGCACCUCGGCUCCAGCGAGGAGAGCAUGGGCUGGCGCGACCACCCGCUGUGCUGCCAGCUGCUGCUCGCGCUUAUAGCGGAGUACGCGAAGUCUGCGGACGUACAGUCGGCGGCGAUGCUGGCGUGCGCCUUCCACGUGUUCAACGCGCCUCGUGCGGCCGACACUACCACCGUAGUUGCUAAGGCCAACGGCAACUCACCCUACAGUCCAAGCCCGCAAUUCACAGAAAUAAACGCCGACGGCUGGACCCUGCCCAUGGUGCACAACAACUGUGCUGAAGCUGAAGACUUCUACAUGGAGAAGCUGCCCAUAGAGCAGAAGAGACAGGACGCGACCGACGGUUGUGUGCUUGAUGAGAAGAUAGUGCACUUGUAUCAUUGUUUUAAAAGGGUGUAUGCUGAUAUACUGCAUCGAUGGCAGUUGAUUUAUGUCCGGACUGCAGUAAUGAAACUCGUGACCUGCAAAUACGAGCCGUCCCCUCCCCGGCACAUUGGACCCGAGCUAGCAAGCGAGUGUCCCACCUGCCGCCGACCAAUCACCGGCGCCGCUUGCCCGAGCUGCUUGAAGCUGGCGCUGCGCUGCGCGGUGUGCGCGCGCGGCGUGCGCGGGCUGGCCACCAGCUGCGCGCUGUGCGGCCACGCGGGACACGCCAAGCACAUGAUGACGUGGUUCUCACAAUACGACACGUGUCCGACGGGCUGCGGGUGCAAGUGUCUCAUCGACGUAAGCUCUACGUGGAAAGCUGCCAAGUUCGCCUGAAAACCAACCUGUUCACUAGAGAAUAAGAAGUAGUUUACUUGUAAGUACGCUUUUUAUCAUGUUUUAAAUUUGUAUGAUAUUUAUGGUCUACCUACAUUUUGCAGGGUGGAUAAAGGAUAAGAUGAGCCCAUAAUGCUUAACCAUUAAAGGUAUAAUUAUGUAUUUA